CGAUCUCUAUCAUCGUGCAUGCACUUCCGUACUGCACCAAUCCCACGUUUUAUUUACAACAUACAUAAAAAUCUUAUCUUAUGAUCAAUAAUGUACCAUUUCUUGCCAUUUAAGGCGUUCUUCAAGAAACUCCCGAGGUAGACAGGGUUUUAUGCCAAUGCGAUUAUCUUUUUAAAUAUUGUACAAGCCAUACUACCAUACCAGGACUCUCCUUACUCUAGCACCGAGGAGAUUCAGCUCCGCCAUCUUUACAAGAAGAAGGAGUAGACUGGGUAAGGGUAAGAAAUUUUGGGUUUAACAGUAGCUCGUUUAUUUCGUGCAAGGAUGCAGGGUAGGCACAGGAUGGUAUCGGUCCACAAGUGCUUAGGUACCCCGAUUAAAUGCUAUAAUUCGGUGCUGUUGUCCGUGAAGUAGAGCUAAUUCUAAUGUGGUAUAUCUGCACCACCACCGCAUCCAAAAAACAAUUUUCACAAAAACAAAUACCAGUCACACUUUUCAACAUGCUCUCCUAUGUCAUAGUAGUGCUUCUAGGACUCGCCAUUUUUGAUGGUGUGGGAUGCCUACCCAUUUUGGUGAGCUUUUUUCCUCCUUCUAGGUAUCUGAUUUUGUGCUAAAGGUAGAAAUGAGGAGAAGCACUCACUAAUAGUGUUUAUAUCAUAGAAAUCCAUCGAAUCAGUAAACCUAAACAUAGACACAAUCCGCCCCCGAGACGACGCGCCUCUCGAUAGAUCCUCAGUUCUGGUCAAGUCAGUUAUAGGUACCGUGGGUCUCAUUGUGAAAGAUGGACGUGACGAUUUACCUGUCGGCAAGAAGGCACAUAAAAUCAAUGGUCGCGGUAAUCCAAGCCCUCCCGCCACUCUCGAUGACGAUGAUGAAGAUACAAUAAUCGAGAAAAAAUAUACGCCUAGUCUAAUAGGGAAAGUCAUUAUAGAAGCACGCGAUAGAACAUCUGCAUCGCCGCACGUCACGCAUUCGGAGAAGAGAGAAUCUGCAAGUCACAGUCGAGCCAAAAAUAUGGUUUCUCCUGCUACUCUAGAUGGACAAGGCUCUUAAUUUACCGGUGAUUUUUCGAGUCUAAUAGUAGCUCCACUGCGGGUUAUUGAUACCACGUGAAGUCCACAAGUGGACGGUCCUUCUGUUUCUUCUGCGGAGGAUUCAAUUCAUGCUGCAAUAAUAAUUACCGAGAAUCCAACUGUGACAAAUAAAGGGCUGGAUGCAAGAGAUGAAGACCUUUCGAUAUUACAGAACAUUGCGGUUAUAGUUUCAGUGGUUGAUGAUGUGAAGAAUAUCUUGUAAUUUCAUGUUUUGGGAAGAAUGUGAGACUGGAAGGGAUUGGAACUGGUGAUAUUUGGUUUAUGGAGGGAGAGUGGGAAAAAUUUUGGGACAAAAGAAUUGGUCCAGAAGCACAGUUAUUGAAGGAGAAAGAGCACAGGCUGCACUUGACGAUACUUACUCGGAGUAAGAAUUGAUAGGCAUGGGCAAG